AGUCAAAUUGAGUCAAAUUUACUAUGUGCUUUUUAUCCAUAACUAAGUAUAAAAUUUUCGUAUAACUAAAAGAAAAAUGGACUCAUAAUAUUAAGAAGUGCCUGUAUAGUCUAAUAUAGCAAUAAAAAUGGGUACUCAAGAAAUUGGCCUUAGUGUUGCAUCUAAAAUACCAUUCAGUGACUUCUGUAAUCGUUGUGAAUUAUUUCAAAAUGCACCCAAGACUAAAAAGUUCGAUUUUAUGCGAAAUUACAUAAAUUAUUUUAGAAAUUUUGCGGAAGAGUUCAAGUCAGAACAUGCAAACGCGGACGUAAGUUUUUAUCCUGUAUUACGAUUAUUAGUUCCUCAAGCAGAAAGAGAAAGAGGUGCCUAUGGGCUAAAAGAAUCUACUUUAGCGAAGAUUUUAAUUAGGGUUUUAUCAAUAUCCAAAGAAGCUGCGGAUGCCAAAAAAUUGCUCAAUUAUAAAAGUGCGUCGUCAUAUGGGGAUUUUGCCGAAGUCGCCCACAUUGUGUUGAAAUUACGGUGUGCUCAAAAGGGAACUCUAACUGUGGAAGAUGUCAACAAACAUUUGGACAAUAUUGCCAUGAAAUAUGCUGAGCAUGUACAACGGGAAGUAGAUGAUGAAUUAAUUUCAAUGAUGCGAUCAAUGACUGCUUUAGAAGUAAAAUGGCUUAUCCGAAUCAUAUUGAAGGAUAUGAAAUUUAACAUAGCACAGAAUUCGAUCCUAAAAUUGUACCAUAUAGAUGCCCCUGAGUUAUUCGACGUUAGUAAUAGCUUACUCAAGGUUUGUACAACGCUUAACAAUCCCGCUGAUCGCCUGCAUAAAUUGGAAAUAGAAUUGUUUUGCCCGUUUCGGCCAAUGCUAUCAAAAAGAUUGGACAUAGCUGAAAUACAAAAACAUAUUAAAUCAGGCGUAAAAUACUAUUUGGAAACUAAAUUCGACGGAGAGAGAUUUCAAAUUCAUAUGUUGAAUGGCCGAUAUAAAUAUUUUUCUAGAAAUGGUUUUUGUUUUACGCAAGAGUAUGGUGCUUCAGCUAAGGAAGGCAUGCUAACCCCUAAAAUAGAUUCUCUUUUAAAACCUAAUGUUAAAAGUUUUAUAUUGGAUGGAGAAAUGAUGGGCUGGAAUAAACACAAAAAAUGCUUUGGAUCUAAAGGUAUGAAUUUCGACGUUAAGAAGCUAGUGAGUGAUUCUGUUCAUCAGCCGUGUUUUUGCGUGUUCGACAUCACAUAUUUCAAUAAUGAAGUAUUAACGGAUAAACCACUAUCGGACAGAUUAAAAAUUCUGGACGAAAUAUUUGAAGAAUCGGAAGGGGUUUUAAUACAGAGCAAGAAAACGGAAGCAACAUUUGCAGAACAGGUAAUCGAAGCUCUCAAUACCGCGAUUGACAAAAACGAAGAGGGUAUAGUUAUGAAAAUUUCAAAUUCGAUCUACAAACCUAAUAGUAGAAAUGCUGGCUGGUUUAAAAUAAAACCAGAGUAUACAGCCGGCAUUCUAUCAGAACUAGAUUUAUUAAUUAUUGGAGGAUAUUAUGGUGAAGGAAAAACGAAGGGUAGAAUAAGCAGUUUUUUGCUUGGAGUUGCUGUAGUGGAUGAACCUGAAGAGUCUACACCAUGCAUGUUUUACUCAGUCGGCCGUGUUGGCAUAGGAUUUACAGCAGAUGAAUUAAAUGAAUUAACUCGAUCUUUACGUCCCUAUUGGAAGACGACGCCUCCAACCGGUAAUAGACCAAAUCGUCGAAUACGCGAAUGUCCACCAAACUUAGCUUGGACUAAAGAGGCACCCGAUGUAUGGAUUGAACCUAAAAAUUCGCGCAUUUUGCAGGUAAAAGCAACCGAGUUGAUUCGUACUACUGCAUUCAAAACCAAUUAUACUCUUAGAUUCCCUAGAGUUGAGAAAAUUCGUUAUGAUAAACCCUGGCAUAGUUGCAUGACUCUUAACGAAUUUAACAACUUGAUAAAGAAUUACAGCAACGUUGAGAAAUUAACAACAAGACACAUAAAUAUAAAUGAUAUCGAACAAGAUGUUAAUACCAGUUCAAAGAGUCCUAGAAAACAAACCAGAAUAGAACCGGCACCAAUUUCACUACAAUUAGAUUCUAAAAAGAUAAAAAUUAUUUCUAAUUUGCUAGAGGGAAAAGAAUUCUGUGUACUAACAGGAACGCCAGAAUUAACGAAGCCUGAGAUAGAGAAGAAAAUUAUUGAGAAUGGUGGUGCAGUUGUACAAAAUGCAGGUCCAAAAACUAAUUGUGUAUUAGUGGGAAAAAUUUCAAUGCGUGUCACUAGCCACAUAAAUUUACUUAAAGUUAAUGAAACUGAAGAUGCGACUGAUGUAGUACAUGUGUCUUGGUUAUUGAGAUGUUUUCAAAAAUGUGUCCUUUUGCCUUAUAGACCAUCCGAAGUAUUAGGGGCUACCGAAGCAACCCAAGACGAGUUACUACUUUUGUAUGAUAAUUAUGGUGAUAGUUUUACGGAAGACGCUGAUCUUGAAGAAUUAAAAAAGGCGAUGGAUAAAAUUGAUGAGAUGAAACACAAUAUAUCGCCUACAAAACAGGAAAUUCUAAUGAUGGACCAAGAACUAUUUGAAAAUGGAAUCAAUUCCUACUCGCCCCUACGGCACGUUGUCGCUUAUCUUCUGAUUCCGCCGAUUUCUGAGAUUGAUUUCGUUGACACCAGCGCAUAUUAUUUACGGUCAGUCCGGGAGGAAAUUGUAAAAAUGGAUCUGACGAUUUUGGGAGCGCGUGUCGUCGAAGAACCUGACGGGUCAGUCACGCAUUUGAUCAAAAUAUCAAUGGAUUCCCAUAAUAAAGAAAAUGAGGAGAAAUUUAUGCAAGAAAAAACUAAUAUGAUGGUGAGCCAAAUGCCUGACUUGAAAGUUGUAACACCGGAUUGGAUAAAUCAAUGUCUGCAGGAAAGAUGUUGCCUUUAG